AUCGAUUGGAUUACAACGGUAGAACACUAUAGAAUAUAAAUAAUUAAAAAAUGACUUCCUUCAGACCAAGAUAUAAUAACAGAUACACCAGAAAGAACUAUUUUGCUGGUGAACGUCCUGGUCACCACAGACAUGGCAAACACCACAGGUUUCAAGAAAGACCGUUGAAGAAAUAUGUUUAUGUUGAAGAACCAGAAUCUGACGCUGAAUAUGCUGAUGAAGAAUCUGAUGAAGGUGAAACAUAUGAAUUCGAUCUUAAUGAAAAUGAAGAUGCUGACGAAGACGACUACGAAGAAGACUAUGAUAGCGAAGAAAGCGAUGACGUUGUCUACUACGACGGAGAUGAUGUUGUUGACUUGAAUGACGAAUUAGAAAACGAUGCCGUUGAUGAAUUAGAAGCCGAUGGUGAAGUUUAUGACUUGAAUGACGAGUUGGUUAGAUACUAUGACGACGAAUCUGAUUCCGAAUUAGACCUGUCGGAUGACGUUGAUUCUGAUGUCGAUCCAGUUGACAUUUACGACAUUGUUGACUUGAACGAUCAAUUGCAAGCUGAAGCAAUUCAACAAUUAUUGAACGGCGAAGUCGAUUCUGAAUCUGACUAUGACGAAGAAGAAGACGACGAAGAAGAAGAUGAUGAUGACUACGAUAUUGAAUAUUCUAGUAAUCCUAAAGAAUUGAGAGACCAAUUGAUUCUUGAAAGUGUCAGACAAGCAUUCGAAGAAGAAUUAGUCAGCGAUGAUGAAAUUGCGUUAUCUGAAGAUGAAGAUUCUGAAUUAGGUUCCGAACCUGAAUACUUUGAAGUUGACAGUGAAUUAGAAGAUGACGAAAGUGAUUAUGAUGCUGGUAAUCCAGAUAAUUACGACUACGAAGAUGACAGCUCUGACUCUUCUGAUGAUGAAGAAGGUAUCACUAUCUACAAACAUAGAUUUGACUUACCAGAAGGUGAAAGUGAAGAAGACUCCACCGAUGAUGAAUUAGUUUUAUAUGACAACUUAUCUGAUGACGAUGAAGAAGAAGAAAGUGACCAUGAAUUAUAUGAUGAUGAUGGUUUGUUACAAGCUGAAAACAGCGAUGAUGAAUAUGACGUCAUUGACUUGGCUGAUGAAUUGGCUGAUAGCAAAGACUGUGAAUUGGUCCAAUUGGAUGACCAUACUUACAAGUUGAACUUGAGAUUACCAUCUUUGGUUAGGGAUGAAUUAAAGAUUGAGUUUUUAAAGAAUGAAAACCAAUUGCUCAUCAAGGGUAAAUUGAACUUCAAUGACAUUGUUGAAAGUGAUUUAGAAGUUGAAGAAGAUGAUGAAGAUGAAGAAGAAGAUGAAAGUGAAGACGAUAUUGAAGCUGAAGUUGUUCUUCAAGAAGUCAGUGAUGAAGAAGAUGAUGAAGAAGAAGAAGAAGAACAAGAUGAAGAAAAGGAAGAAUCUGAAUCUGCUGCUGCUCCAGCUGAAGAAAAUGAAGACGAAAAAGAAGAUGACGAAGAAGAGGAAGACGACGAAGACUACGAAGCUGAAAGCGAAGUUGAUGACACCAUGGAAUACGACUGGACUGGAUUUGAAGAAGAUGAUGAAGAAGAUGAAGAAAUCCAAGAAGAUGCCCUUUCCUUAAUUAAAGACUACAAGAACCAAGAAAUUUGUUUUGAAAAACAUGUUGAAUUUGACCAAUUGAUCAAGUUCGAAGAAAUUCAAGCUAGAUUUGUUGGCGAUGACGAAUUAGAAUUGAUUAUUCCAACCGAAGAAACUCCUUUGGAAGAAGCUAAUAGAUAUGCUAUCACUAUUGCUCCAUACGAAGAAGAUAAAGACAGUAGCACCACUGAUGAAAUAGAAGCUGCCGUUGAAGAAGAUGUUGCUAUGGAACAAUAAAGUUAGAAUUUUAUUGAGAUUAUUUUCAGUUCUUCUGUAUAUUAGUUUGUUUGACUAUUGAUUUGUCUAUAGAUUUUAUAGUUUCGCUCACUUUGUUUAGUUAAUUUAUUUAAGUUUAAUCAUUUGG